CCAUCUCUAGCGAAAAGUGCAAAUAAAAUAAUCCGAAAAUUUUUUCUUUUUAGCAAAUAGUGCAGCAAACACACACAAAAAGUCACAAAUUUAUUAUACUUAUGUAGCAAUUUACGGGAUCGUAGGUUAAGGUGGCCCAAAAUCCCAAACAAGCAGAUACGGACGCCCAAAAAACAGAUUUUUCCCCUGCUUCAGACACACUCGCCAACAAACACACUCAUGAAACACAUUAACAAGGGGCACGGGCGGCAUUUUUCUUUAGCAUUUUCCUGGGCGUUUUUCUUGAGAUUACACCUUAGUUUCUAGGUAUAGGUUUAGUUUGUUUACUGGUAAAAGAAACACAAAUAUUACUUUCUGUAUUUUGCCUCAUUACAUUGUACUGUGUCGAAUCCAAAAAUCGAAAAACCACACCUUUUCCAAAUGACCAACAUCCAGAGCAUAGAAAAUGUGGCCGACUGCACGCCUCUUUACCUGCCGCACAGCUUGUAUCUCAAGCCGCUGGCCAAAAUGCAAAUCUCCGUGUCGCUUCCGUCGAUCAAGUCCGGCAAAUCCGUAUCCAACCUGGAGAUAAUGGACAAACUGAGUGCCGAGCUCAAACCGGACAAGUUUCUGCUGCUCAGAGUCUCCAAGAGCACAGUAAACACCAUCCGAUUGGAAGCCGAGCUGGAUGAGCGCAAACGUCUCCGCCCGGCCAUCCAACGACUGGACGGGAUCUCUCUGCGCCUCUCCGGCUUCAGUGAAUCGUUCCGAGUGCGAUGCACCGAGCAAAAGGAUGAAUUUCCAACGCGACACGACUGGGAUUCCUACUUCCGGGAUGCUCGAAACAUGGACGAAAUGAAGGCGGGCGAACGACCGGACACAAUUCACCUGAGCCACCUGCCAAUGCGCUGGUUUUGUCCGCGGCACUCGGAGCACGAAGAGCAUGUGAAGCCCAGCGAGAGUAUAUUCAAGCGCAUCUUCGAGAAGUACGGACGCGUCAAGAUGGUGGACAUCCCCAUCUGUGAUCCGUACCGAAAAAGCAUGCAGGCGGACAUCAACGGCAUGCGAACGUUCAGUUUCGAGCAGGAUGUUCUCUUCGAAGCAUAUGUCCAGUUCGAGGAGUACUCCAGCUUUGUGCGUGCCAUGGACGAGUUCAGGGGCACCAAGUUGGUCCGCAAGUUCGUGGAUAAAACCCAGGCCAUUAACAUUUGUGUCACUUUCGACAAGCAUAAGCACCUCAGCGACUCACACAUUCAGCGCCGAGAACGCAUGAGGAAGAAGUGCAUCGCGAAAGCCCAAGCCGAGGAUGAGGAGCGGGAAAAGCUGAAAAAGCAACAGGAAGAACAACUGGAACGCGAAAGGCAAAAACAAGAAGAGUUGAAAAUUGCGGAAGCGGAAAAGCAGCGUGAACGCGAAGAAAAGCGGAAAGAAAAGCAUCUAAAAAAGAUUCAGGAGCGCGGCCAGUUGGAGAUCUCGCAAAAAAUACGCAUCGAGGAGCGCAAGCUGAUGAUAGCACAACGCAAGCUGGAGAGCAUUCGCACCUUAGAAAAGCUAUUCGAGCGGAUACAGCUGAAGCAAAAGGACAAAAACCGACGGGCUAAACAAGAUGAAGUCAAAGAUAUCCAACGUGGGAGACUUGUGGAAAAGUACAAGGCUGCUACAGAAAAGCUUGUUUGUGAUCAGCGAAAAAUCGUCCAGGAAAUCAAAAGCAAUACUCCACUAAUGGGACUCCUGAAGAGCAAAUCCAAAACCAGUGCUGCGCCAAUGGACGCAAGCAGUGAUGACGAUGGGUCGGCAAGUAAAAGACACAAGAUGGGCAAUGGCACUGUGGACACCAAGGCGGCGAUCUCCGGCGACGUCAAUCCAACAUUGAACCCGUUAAAAGCGGUGGCCGCAAUGGCCGCUGGCGCUGUGCCAGGUGCCGGUCCCUACAGUGCCGAGGCGGCUAGCGAAUGGAUGCAGUCCCUCUCCAUGUUCGGAUACGGCCUGCCAGGUGUGUUUCCCGGAGCACUGUAUCGUCCGCCCGCUCCGUUUCCCGUCUCCAGCAAUUAUCGCGGCUUUGCUCCGCGUCCCCGCGGCCGAGGAAGGGGUCGUGGCAUGGGGAUAAGAGGCAGUCGUUCCGGGUAUGACUCCUAUUACAACUCAAAGCACGAUCGCUACGGGGACGAGGGCGAUAAUGGCUACUACCACAGGUCAUCGCGAGGAAGAAACCGCUCGCGCUCUUCAUCUUCGUAUUCAAGGAGUCGAAGUCGUUCACGGGGACGUCGGAUUGUUUGUCGUUCUAGGCGCUCAAAGUCACGCAGUCGCUCCCACUAUCGAAAGUCAUCUUACUCAUCAAGAUCAAGGCGAAGUCACAGCAGAUCUUCGCGCAGCCGCAGUAAGACGCCAUCCCAGCGCAAGAACCGGAAGCUGGCAUCCACGCGCCGAUCCCGAUCCACCAGCUAUUCACGGUCGCGUUCCCGCUCCCAUUCUCGCAGACGCUCCAGUUCGCGCCGCGAUCACCGGACCCGCAAUCGCAGCAGUCGUAGUUACAGCAAAAGUCGCAGCCACACACCAAAGGACGUGAAACUGGAGACGGACAAGCUGGUGGCCUCUGCCGAGAAAAUACAGCGCACCAUCGAACAGCACACCAAGAACCGGAUGCGCGAGGAGGAGCGAGAAAUCAGGGAGAACUUCAGACAGCCGCGCACCAACAGCCACAAUAGCAACCACAUGGACACCACCCAACCGACACAGGAGACCGACGAAAGACGACGAAGCAGCAGCAGCAAGCGCGGCAGUCGCCGCAAUUCACUGGCUGCCUGAAAUAUAUAUACUAGUUUAGCUGUUAGUAAGAGUUUUGAAAAUAAAGAUAUCAAAGUUGUAAAAACAUAAA